AUGGCCAAAUCCAAGAACUCGUCGCAGCACAACCAGUCCAAGAAGGCGCACAGGAACGGGAUCAAGAAGCCCAAGACCAACCGCUACCCUUCGCUCAAAGGCUCGGAUCCCAAGUUCCGGAGAAACCACAGACAUGCGCUGCACGGCACGAUGAGGGCCUUGAAAGAGGCGAAGGAGGGCAAGCGUGAUGUGGUAUGA